CGAGAAUCACUACUUCUUCAUUUUCAUCUUUUACUAUCAUAAUAAUAAUCAUCUCUGGACGACAAAGGAUCUCCUUGAAUCCAGGCACUACCAGACCUUAACAACAACCACAAGUCUUAUCACUUACACGAAACCCACCCUUAUCACACCACCAAUCAACAUAUCAAAAUGGGCUACCCAGAGACUUUCGAGGGCUUCGUCGUUGACUCGCCCAAGACCUGGAACCAGUUCCACCGCCACGAGCUCAAGCCCAAGCCUUUCGGCGAUGACGACAUCGACGUCCAGAUCGAGUGCUGCGGCGUGUGCGGGUCCGACAUUCACACAGUAACCGGCGGCUGGGGUGACUUUGAGGGUCCUCUCUGUGUUGGCCACGAGGUGGUCGGCAAGGCCAUCAAGGUCGGCAAGAAUGUGACCGAGAUCAAGCAGGGCGAUCGCGUCGGCGUUGGUGCCCAGGUGUGGUCCUGCCUCAAGUGCGAUGUCUGCAAGAGCAAGAACGAGCAGUACUGCCCUCACAUGGUUGACACCUACAACGCCAACUACGAAGACGGCUCCACCGCCCACGGCGGCUGGGCCUCUCACAUCCGCGCCCACCAGUACUUCACCUUCAAGAUCCCCGACGCUAUCCCCUCCCACCUCGCCGCGCCCCUCCUCUGCGCCGGCAUCACCACCUACUCCCCGCUUGUGCGCGCCAACGUCGGCCCCGGCAAGACCGUCGGCAUCAUUGGCGUCGGCGGUCUCGGUCACCUAGGCAUCCAGUGGGCGCGCGCCCUAGGCGCCGAGGUGCACGUGCUGACGCACUCAGCCUACAAGGCCGACGACGCCAAGGCCCUGGGCGCGCAAAACGUCAUUGUCACCAGCGACGACGAGAAGUGGGCCGAGCCGUACAAGUUCAAGUUUGAUUUCCUGCUCAACUGCGCCGACGCGACGCACAAGUUCGACAUGAAGACGUACCUCUCGGUCCUCAAGGUGGGCGGCGAGUUCCACAUGUGCGGCAUCCCCGACAAGCCGCUGCCCCCGCUCGAGGUGUUGGCGUUCAUGCAGAACGGCGCCAAGUUGUCGGCCAACCACUUGGGUAAUCACCAGGAGAUGAAGGCCAUGUUGCAGCUGGCGGCCGAGAAGGGCAUCGUGCCCAAGGUGGAGACGGUGCAGCUUGGAGAGGAUGGGUGCAAGGAGGCGGUGGAGAGGGUCAAGGAGGGAAACAAGGUGCAUUACCGCCUUACUUUGACGGGCUUUGACAAGGUUUUUGGAAAGGUUGAGUACUAGGUAGUAUGGUGAUUUAGAGGUAAAUGGGUGGAUGGAGUUGCUGGCGUGUUUGGGGGAGAGAUACCCAUUAUGUGUGUGUGUCAUAUUUGAUCGCUGCUAGCGAGGCGCUGGACAUAUGAUUGAUGAGUUAUGAUAAUAAUAAUCACAUUCUCCA